GAAGAAGAACGCAGCCAUCUCCCGUAAAUGUGCUAACUUACGCGGAAGCAGCAGAGUGUGCUAACUGGUUGCAUUAAUUCUACAAACAGGCACAUUUACCUGCUCUAAAAGUUUUCAGGCUUGGAUCCGAAGUCCUGUGCCAUUUUUUUCCUUGAGCCCAUCAUUUACUACUAUCACGGCUUCAUCCCUUCUUUAAAGCUUUAUUCUUGUGUAAAUUAAGGAAUUGUCUGCGGAUGGACUAAGUUUUGGAUUGGGACUAGGAAUAGGAUUAAGGACCACUUCCACAGCUAUUUGUGAAAGCAAGAAGUGAUCUCUAAAAGUCUGCAGGUGCCCCCCUUCUUUUGUGUCAGCAGUGUCGCCUACUCAGCCAACAUGUCUGAUGGCCGGAUCUAUGUGGGGAAUCUUCCCAUGGAUGUCCAGGAGAGAGACAUUGAGGAUCUCUUCUACAAAUAUGGAAAAAUUCGUGAAAUAGAAUUGAAGAACAAUAGAGGCACUAUCCCUUUUGCCUUCGUCCGAUUUGAAGACCCACGGGAUGCAGAUGAUGCGGUCUAUGGAAGGAAUGGAUAUGGAUAUGGGGACUCCAAGCUGCGUGUGGAGUAUCCCCGUUCUAAACCUGGCCCAAUGGGAGGUGGUGGAGGAGCACCUAGAGGAAGGUUUGGACCCCCAACUCGAAGAUCUGAAUUCCGGGUCAUAGUGUCUGGACUGCCACCAUCUGGAAGCUGGCAAGAUCUGAAGGAUCACAUGCGGGAAGCAGGAGAUGUCUGUUUUGCAGAUGUGCAGCGUGACGGAGAGGGUGUAGUGGAAUUUCUCCGUAGAGAGGACAUGGAGUAUGCACUGCGUAGAUUGGAUGGGACAGAGUUCCGUUCACAUCAGGGGGAGACGGCUUAUAUCCGUGUGUAUGAGGAAAGAGGUACUCCCAACUGGGAUCGAUCACGAUCCCGUUCCAGAUCCAGAGGUCGCUAUUCUCCUUACUAUAACAGAAGAUCUCCCCCUGCGCGCUACCAGUCGCCCCCACGCCAUGCUAUGUCACGGCAUAGCCCACCUCCGAGAAGACACCUUCCGCCACACCACAGCCCACCACCUCGUCAUUAUCGGUAGAAAGUCGCAUCAUUUAGAGGAAUUGGAUGAUUAUUUUUUUUGGUUUGUUUUUGUAAUUCUACAUUUGAUUUUUUUUGUUUUUGCUUUGUUUUUUAAAAACCUCAGGCCUCCUCAUAGCACACACCAUUUUUAUUUCUUGAUUAAAAACAUUCCAUGGUCAGGAACCCCUGAACAACCUGCUCCUCCCCACAGUCUUGUUUUUUUGGGGGAGUUUUUUUUGUUUGUUAAACACCCAUACGUUAUCCGGAAACAGAAUUAUGUGUUAAUUUUUUGUGAGAUAACCAUUUGACCAUUAUGUAACAUAUUGGAGGUUUCUUUUAUAAAGAAAUUCGGGAGUGUGAUGUCAAACAUUUAAAACAAAGUACACAUUUCUGCAGUCCUGCUUCUUGAAUUGACAUAAUUUUAUUUUUCAUGUGUCACAUCUUGGUAGCUUUAAGUAUGAAAGGGUGCGUUUUCUGUUUGGCCAAACCAAGAACCCAUAAAACUAAUCAGUAUAGUAAAAUUAGUGAACCCUUUUAGUGUAACACGUUGACUGUGAGACUUAAUUGUCCUUUGGGUUUGUUUUCGGUUUUUUCUUUGUACGUGUAGGCCGCUGACCGAGGUGGUCUAAAUGUAGAUUAUAAUUUGUAUGCAUCUCUAUCGUUUUUGGGGGGUUUUUCUUUACCAAUAAAAUGCAAACUUUUACUGUGA